AUGUCAGAAGACCAGAAAUUGUCGCCUCCUGCUUCGCUCCCUGCCUACCCCAAGGCGGAGGGCAUAAGUAAAUUCAUUAGGAUUAUGACGACUAGCUCGACGGUUGGAGGUGUGUUCGCGGCCAUUGUCGGCAUGCUAGUCAUGUUACGUGGUAUCUAUAUCGGGUUGAAGGGCCUGCUGCGUCGUUGUAUUUACAUCGGGGUGGGAGCUUCAUUUACUAAACGAAGGAUGUGA